UCUGCAAAGCAGGAGCCCUACCCAGCUCUCUGUCCAAGCACUCUGCUCAGCCCAGAGGAGCAGCCACACAGAAAAAAAAAGUUAAAAUCAACUCAGAGCUGAGGAGGGAGGGAGAGAGUUGUGAGAAAACGCCCUGGAAACUCAGUUGAUCGAGAAAUAGUAAAAGAGUGACAGAAUCCCAUCAGACUGCAAAGUUGCGACUGGAAGAAGUGCUUUUCUUGGGCUGAGGAGAAGGGGAGAGGACAUGUUUUUGAGGAUGCUCAAGCUGGUGUGAGGCUUCUCGGGCGCAGGAAAGAUUGUGCGCAGAAGUCAAGAAUACAAAAAACAAAACAUCAGACUGAAGCCCUUGGCUUUGCUUGAGCAAUCCAAGGAAAACCAAGGGAGAGUGUCCAUCACACCAGGGCUUGAAUAGAGGAAAACAAAACCAAGAUGGCUGAAGAGGAGGAAACUAGGGAGGUGCUCUUUCCAGAUUGGGAGGGUCCGGACAAAACUGGCUUGACCAUUGAACAGACAAGGGAAGGCGAGAUCUUUGUUAAGGAGGUAAAAGGAGAGUCACCUGCAGCACGGUCUGGAAAAGUAUAUGAAGGUGAUCAGAUUGUGGGCGCUACUAUCUACUUUGAUAACAUGAGCUCAGAAGAAACAGCUGAUCUACUGAAGACAUUGAACCGUCACAAGGUUGGACUGAAACUGAAAGACAAAUCCCCUUACUGCUCACCCCUGAGCACACCAUGUCGUUCACCAAUGGGCACCCUGACAUGGGAAGGGAAGACCCGAUUUGGAGGUUCCAGUCCAGACAUUAUCCUUAGUGGGGAUGAUGAGGACUAUAAGAGAAUAUACACAAAAAAGAUAAAACCAAGGCUGAAGUCUGAAGAUCUUGCAGAGGGAGUAGAUGUGCGCACAGAGCGGCAUAGCAGCACAAGCAGCGAUGGCAGCACAAUUACCACCAUCACUCGCCGCAUCACUACCUACACUGUCGAUAUGCCGAGUGGCAUAAGUGAGCAACUUGAACUUUCAAGCCCAGAGCUCAAAGGGCUAAGGCACGAAUCUGGGGAUGGCUCUCCUCAUAGCCCUUCAGGUAAAGUGGGAACAGAAGAGGGAGUUUUUGACUCAAGCAGUGUCUCUUACACAGGGCCACAACUUAGCUCUACAGAGACACGCUGGGGCGCUAGGGGAGUUCAAACCACAACAAUUACCAGAGACGUAGAAAGAGAAAGCGGUCUUAGAUUUAAAGGACCUAACUUUGGAGUAACAGGGGGCAAAGGCCAGGGAGGCUUUGAGAUCUCAAGAGGGAGUGGAGAGCAUGGAGAUGGAAGCAUUCAGGUGUCAGAAACAAGCACGGCACUAAGAGACAGCACAAAUACUGGUAGUAGACAUGUUACAAAAGGAGAGUUGGGAGGUGCAGAGGCAAUCUCAACUGAUGAGAAUGGAGGGUCAGUCAGUCUGGGAGGCGUUAGAAUAGGAGGAUCAGUACCAACAUUAGGCUAUGUUACCUCAGGGUAUUCCUCAGGGUCAGGCAAGAUUUCAGUGGCAGGUAUGGAUGUGAACCUUACAGGUUCAAAGUUGAAAAGUGAGGUUGAUGUCAACCUGCCAAGCUCAAAGGGAGGAAUAAAAACAUCAGGAAUAGACACUGACACUGACAGCACUGUAAAAAUGUCAACAAUCAAGAUGCCUGCAUUUGGAAUGACAGGAGUCAAGAAAGAGGGAACAAGUGUUGAAGUUAAACUGAGUAGUGAUGCAGAUAUGUCAGUACCAUUGACAUAUGAAGAGGUGCAAAAACCUGAAAUAGACAUCAAAGGCACACAUAUGAUAAUUAAAGGUCCUAGUGCUAACAUUGAAAACUCCAGCAUUCAAGCCAAAGUACCAACGAUUGAUAGCAAUUACAAAACAGAGGUAUCUAAAGCGAAAAUUCCCUCUUUGUCUGGGCCAGAUAGAGAUAUAAACUUGAAGGGUGCUAAGGUAGAGGUGAAUCUUGAUGUAUCUGCUCCAAAGAUGGAUGGAAAAGUAUCAAAAUCUGAUGUUAAGAUGAAAGGCUCAGAAGUUGAUGCAAAGAUCGGAGGUAAAAUAAAACCUCCGAGAAUGGAUAUUGAGGUACCGGAUGUUGAAAUUGAGUCUCCUAGUGCUAAUAUCAAAGGAUCAAAAUUCAAUGUGCCAUCAAAAAUCUCCAUGCCAGGUGUAGAUUUAAGUGUCAAAGGUUCAAAACUUAAGGGUGAUUUGGAUAUCUCAAGUCCAAAGAUAGAAGGAGACAAAAAAACACCUGAAGUUGACAUAAAAUUAAAAAGUCCUAAAGUCAAAGGUGAUGUAGAUGUUUCAGUUCCAAACAUUGAAGGGGAUAUAAAAGCUCCAGGGGUAGAUGUUGAAGGACUGGAUGUGGAUAUUGAGGGCCAUAAGAGUGGAUUUAAAAUGCCUAAAUUCAAAAUGCCAUCAUUUGGCAUGAAAGGUCAAAAACUGGAAGGACCAGAAGUUGAUGUAAACCUUCCCAAAGCAAACAUUGACGUGAAAGCACCUGACAUUGAUGUGAAAGUACCAGAAGUUGAUAUCGGAGGAGCUGAUGCAAAGCUAAAAGGUCCCAAAUUCAACAUGCCAACUGUUUCAGGACCAGAAAUCUCCAUGCCACAUGUGGGUAUCAAUCUGAAAGGUCCCAAAGUCAAAGGUGAUGUGAAUGUGUCAGCUUCAAAGAUAGAGGGAGACAUAAAAACACAUGAUAUUGACAUCAAAGGUCCAGAAGUAAAUAUUCAAGGGCCAAAGGGAGGAUUUGAAAUGCCAAAGAUCAAAAAGCCCUCAUUUAAUAUUAAAGGUCCAAAAGUGGAGGGUCCAGAUGUAGAUCUCAACCUUCCCAAAGCUAACAUCAAUGUCAAAGCACCUGACGUUGACGUUAAAGGGCCAGAGGUUGAUGUUGAAGGACCAAAUGCAAAACUAAAAGGACCCAAAUUCAAUAUGCCAACCAUUUCAGGACCAAAGCUUUCCAUGCCAGAUGUGGAUUUCAACCUGAAAGGCCCCAAACUCAAAGGUGAUGUGGAUGUGUCAGCUCCAAAGAUAGAGGGAUACAUAGAAACACCUGAUAUUGACAUCAAAGGGCCAAAAGUUGAUAUUGAAGGGCCGAAGGGUGGAUUUGAAAUGCCAAAGAUCAAAAUGCCAUCAUUUGGCCUGAAAGGUCCAAAAGUUGAGGGUCCAGAUGUGGAUCUGAACCUUCCCAAAGCUAACAUUGAUGUCAAAGCACCUGACAUUGAAGUUAAAGGGCCAGAAGUUGACAUUAAAGAACCAAAUGCAAAACUAAAAGGUCCCAAAUUUAACAUGCCAACCAUUUCUGGACCAAAACUUUCUAUGCCAGAUGUGGAUUUCAAUCUGAAGGGUCCCAAACUCAAAGGCGAUGUGGAUGUGUCCGCUCCCAAGAUUGAGGGAGACAUAAAAACACCUGAUAUUGACAUCAAAGGACCAAAGGUUGAUAUUGAAGGGCCAAAGGGUGGAUUUGAAAUGCCAAAGAUCAAAAUGCCAUCAUUUGGCUUGAAAGGAAAACAAGUGGAGGGUCCAGAUCUUGAUUUAAACCUUCCCAAAGCUAACAUUGACAUAAAAGCGCCUGACGUUGACAUUAAAGUUCCAGAAAUUGACAUUGAAGGCCCUGAUGCAGAAAUCAAAGGACCUAAGCUCAAUAUGCCAUCCAUAAAAGGACCAAAGAUGCCUGAUUUUGACAUUAAACUAAAAGGUCCUAAAGUCGAAGGAGAUGUGGAUGUUUCAGUUCCAAACAUUGAAGGAGAUAUAAAAGGUCCAGGGGUGGAUGUUGAAGGACUGGAUGUGGACAUUGACGGACAUAAAAGUGGAUUUAAAAUGCCGAAAUUCAAAAUGCCAUCAUUUGGCCUGAAAGGUCCAAAAGUGGAAGGACCAGAAGUUGAUGUAAACCUUCCCAAAGCAAACAUUGACGUGGAAGCACCUGACAUUGAUGUGAAAGUACCAGAAGUUGACAUUGAAGGACCUGACGCAAAACUCAAAGGACCCAAAUUCAACAUGCCAACUAUUUCGGGACCGAAACUUUCCAUGCCAGAUGUGGAUUUCAAUCUGAAAGGUCCCAAAGUCAAAGGUGAUGUGGAUGUGUCAGUUCCAAAGAUUGAGAGAGACAUAAAAACACCUGAUAUUGACAUCAAAGGGCCAAAGGUUGAUAUUGAAGGGCCAAAGGGUGGAUUUGAAAUGCCAAAGAUCAAAAUGCCAUCAUUUGGCCUGAAAGGAAAACAAGUGGAGGUUCCAGAUCUUGAUUUAAACCUUCCUAAAGGUAACAUUGACAUUAAAGCACCUGGCGUUGACAUUAAAGCUCCAGAAAUUGACAUUGAAGGCCCUGAUGCAGAAAUCAAAGGACCCAAGCUCAAGAUGCCAUCCAUAAAAGGACCAAAGAUGCCUGAUUUUGACAUUAAACUAAAAGGUCCUAAAGUCGAAGGAGAUGUGGAUGUUUCAGUUCCAAACAUUGAAGGAGAUAUAAAAGGUCCAGGGGUGGAUGUUGAAGGACUGGAUGUGGACAUUGACGGACAUAAAGGUGGAUUUAAAAUGCCUAAAUUCAAAAUGCCAUCAUUUGGCUUGAAAGGUCCAAAAGUGGAAGGACCAGACGUUGAUGUAAACCUUCCCAAAGCUAACAUUGAUGUGAAAGCACCUGAAAUUGAUGUGAAAGUACCAGAAGUUGACAUUGAAGGACCAAAUGCAAAACUCAAAGGACCCAAAUUCAACAUGCCAACUAUUUCAGGACCGAAACUUUCCAUGCCAGAUGUGGAUUUCAAUUUGAAAGGUCCCAAACUCAAAGGUGAAGUGGAUGUGGGAGGUCCAAAGAUAGGGGGGGACAUAAAAACACCUGAUAUUGAUAUCAAAGGGCCAAAGGUUGAUAUUGAAGGGCCAAAGGGAGGAUUUGAAAUGCCAAAGAUCAAAAUGCCAUCAUUUGGCCUGAAAGGUCCAAAAGUAGAAGCUCCAGAUGUUGAUGUAAACCUUCCCAAAGCUAACAUUGAUGUCAAAGCACCUGACGUUGAAAUUAAAGGGCCAGAGGUUGAUGUUGAAGGACCAAAUGCAAAACUAAAAGGACCCAAAUUUAACAUGCCCACCAUUUCUGGACCAAAACUUUCCAUGCCAGAUGUGGAUUUCAAUCUGAAAGGCCCCAAACUCAAAGGUGAUGUGGAUGUGUCAGCUCCAAAGAUAGAGGGGGACAUAAAAACACCUGAUAUUGACAUCAAAGGGCCAAAGGUUGAUAUUGAAGGGCCAAAGGGAGGAUUUGAAAUGCCAAAGAUCAAAAUGCUAUCAUUUGGCCUGAAAGGUCCAAAAGUGGAAGCUCCAGAUGUUGAUGUAAACCUUCCCAAAGCUAACAUUGAUAUCAAAGCACCUGGCGUUGAUAUUAAAGGGCCAGAGGUUGACAUUGAAGGACCAAAUACGAAACUAAAAGGACCCAAAUUUAACAUACCCACCAUUUCAGGACCGAAACUUUCCAUGCCAGAUGUGGAUUUCAAUCUGAAAGGCCCCAAACUCAAAGGUGAUGUGGAUGUGUCAGCUCCAAAGAUAGAGGGAGACAUAAAAACACCUGAUAUUGACAUCAAAGGGCCAAAGGUUGAUAUUGAAGGGUCAAUGGGAGGAUUUGAAAUGCCAAAGAUCAAAAUGCCAUCAUUUGGCCUGAAAGGUCCAAAAGUGGAAGCCCCAGAUGUUGAUGUAAACCUUCCCAAAGCUAACAUUGAUGUCAAAGCACCUGACGUUGAAAUUAAAGGGCCAGAGGUUGAUGUUGAAGGACCAAAUGCAAAACUAAAAGGACCCAAAUUUAACAUGCCCACUAUUUCAGGACCGAAACUUUUCAUGCCAGAUGUGGAUUUCAAUCUGAAAGGCCCCAAACUCAAAGGUGAUGUGGAUGUGUCAGCUCCAAAGAUAGAGGGGGACAUAAAAACACCUGAUAUUGACAUCAAAGGGCCAAAGGUUGAUAUUGAAGGGCCAAAGGGUGGAUUUGAAAUGCCAAAGAUCAAAAUGCCUUCAUUUAACAUUAAAGGUCCUAAGGUGGAGGGUCCAGAUGUGAACCUUCCCAAAGCUAACAUUGAUGUCAAAACACCUGACGUUGAUAUUAAAGGGCCAGAGGUUGACAUUGAAGGACCAAAUGCAAAACUAAAAGGACCCAAAUUUAACAUGCCAACAAUUUCAGGACCGAAACUUUCCAUGCCAGAUGUGGAUUUCAAUCUGAAAGGCCCCAAACUCAAAGGUGAUGUGGAUGUGUCAGCUCCAAAGAUCAAGGGAGACAUAAAAACACCUGAUAUUGACAUAAAGGGUCCUAAUGUUGAUUUUAAAUCACCAGAGGGACAUCUUUCUGGGCCAAAAGUCAAGUUACCAAAAAUGUCUGGACCCAAAAUAUCGUUGCCAGAUGUUGACAUCAAUCUGAAGGGUCCAAAAUUAAAGGGUGAUAUGGAAGGCAAUGUUCAAUUACCAAAAGCUGAACUUGAGGGACCCGAUGUGACCACUGAUGUUCCAGACAUUGGCACAAAGAAAUCAAAAUUUAAAAUGCCAAAGUUUGGAUUUAAAAGUCCAAAGGCAAAGGCCCCAGAAACUGAUGUGAAACUGGCACAAGGAGACAUUAGCAUCAAAGGGAAGACUGGGAGUUCCGAAGUUCUUGAUGUUGACCUUAGUUUGUCUGGCCAGAAAGGAAAAGGAUCCAAAUUCAAGAUACCAAAAUUUGGUUUCAAAGGACCAAAGGUUGAAAUGCCAGAUGUUGAUAUUAACCUUCCCAAAACUGGAGGUGAUGUUAAAGUUCCAGAUGUUGACAUUGAAGGACCAGAUGUUGACAUUGACAGUCCUAGUGGUAAAAUCAAGGGACCAAAAUUCAAGAUGCCCAAUAUCUCAGGACCAAAAAUCUCCAUGCCAGAUGUGGAUUUGAAUCUUAAAGGCCCCAAGCUCAAAGGAGAUGUGGAUGUAUCACCUCCAAAGAUUGAAGGAGAUAUAAAGGCACCUGGCUUGGACAUCAAAGGUCCAGAGGUUGAUAUUGAAGGACCAAAGGGAGGAUUUGAGAUGCCUAAAAUCAAAAUGCCAUCUUUUGGCAUCACGACUCCUAACGUUGAAGGUCCAGAUGUUGCCAUUGAUCUUCCAAAAGCUGACAUUAAAGUUAAAACACCUGAAAUUGACAUUAAAGCUCCGGAUGUUGAAGUUGAAGGUCCUGAUGCAAAAUUGAAAGGACCCAAAUUAAAAAUGCCAUCCAUAUCAGUACCCAAGAUGCCAGAAUGGGAUAUCAAUCUGAAAGGGCCCAAGCUGAAGGGAGACAUGACUGUUACAGGUCCAAAGAUGGAGGGUGAUAUAGAGGUUCCUAAAGCAGACAUUGAAGUACCAGAUAUUGACAUUGCAAGCCCCAGUGGUAAAAUGAAAGCCCCGAAAAUAAAAAUGCCAAGCAUUUCCGGGCCUAAAAUGUCCUUACCAGAUGUGGAUUUCAAUCUGAAAGGCCCCACACUCAAAGGAGAUGUGAAUGUGUCAACUCCAAAGAUAGAGGGAGACAUAAAAACACCCGAUAUUGACAUCAAAGGGCCAAAAGUUGAUAUUGAAGGGCCAAAGGGAGGAUUUGAAAUGCCAAAGAUCAAAAUGCCUUCAUUCAACAUUAAAGGCCCAAAGGUAGAGGGUCCAGAUGUGGAUCUAAACAUUCCUAAGGCUAAUGUUGAUGUCAAAGCACCUGAAUUUGAUGUUAAAGGCCCAAAGGUUGAUGUUGAAGGUCCUGGUGCAAAGAUCAAGGGACCGAAAUUCAAAGUUCCAACCAUUUCAGGACCAAAAAUCUCCAUGCCAGAUGUGGAUUUCAAUUUGAAAGGUCCCAAAGUCAAAGGUGAUGUGGCUGUGUCUCUUCCAAAGGUUGAAGGAGACAUAAAGGUACCUGACUUGGACAUCAAAGGUCCAGAGGUUGACAUUGAAGGGCCAAAGGGAGGAUUUGAGAUGCCUAAAAUCAAAAUGCCAUCUUUUGGCAUCAAAGGUCCAAAAGUUGAAGGUCCAGAUGUUGAUGUCAAUCUGCCAAAAGGUGACAUUGAUAUUAAAGGUCCCGAAUUGAACAUCAAAGGACCAGAUUUUGAUAUUGACAGUCCUAGUGGAAAGAUCAAGGGACCAAAGUUCAAGAUGCCACAUAUCUCAGGACCAAAAAUCUCCAUGCCAGAUGUGGAUUUCAAUUUGAAAGGUCCCAAAAUCAAAGGUGAUGUGGAUGUGUCACCUCCAAAGAUUGAAGGAGGCAUAAAGGCACCUGAUUUGGACAUCAAAGGUCCAGAGAUUGAUAUUGAAGGACCAAAGGGGGGAUUUGAGAUGCCGAAAAUAAAAAUGCCAUCUUUUGGCUUGAAAGGUCCAAAAGUUGAAGUACCAGAUGUUGAUGUCAAUCUUCCAAAAGGUGACAUUGAUAUUAAAGGUCCUGAAUUGAACAUCAAAGGACCAGAAGUUGACAUUGACAGUCAUGGUGGAAAGAUCAAGGGACCAAAAUUCAAGAUGCCACAUAUCUCAGGACCGAAAAUCUCCAUGCCAGAUGUGGAUUUCAAUCUGAAAGGUCCCAAACUCAAAGGUGAUGUGGAUAUGUCAGUUCCAAAGGUUGAAGGAGAUCUAACAGUACCAGAAGUUGACAUCAAAGGUCCCCAAGUUGAUAUUGAAGGACCUAAGGGGGGAUUUGAGAUGCCUAAAAUGAAAAUGCCAUCCUUUAACAUCAAAGGUCCAAAAUUGGAGGGUCCAGAUGUUGAUAUUAACCUGCCAAAAGCUAACAUCGAUGUUAAAGCCCCAGAAUUUGAUGUUAAAGGGCCAAAGGUUGCUCUCGAAGGCCCUGAUGCAAAACUGAAAGGACCUAAAUUCAAACUGCCAUCAAUAUCAGGACCCACCAUGCCAGACUGGGAUAUUAAUCUGAAAGGGCCAAAGGUCAAGGGAGAUGUGGAUGUGUCAGUACCAAAGAUCGAGGGAGACAUAGAGGCUCCUAAAGUGGAUAUUGAGGGACCAGAUGUUAACAUCGAGGGCCACAAAGGAGGAUUUAAAAUGCCUAAAUUUAAGAUGCCAUCCUUUGGCUUGAAAGGUCCAAAUGUUGAAGGCCCAGAAGUUGAUGUCAACCUUCCAAAAGGUGACAUUGAUAUUGAAGGCCCUGAAUUGGACAUCAAAGGACCAGACUUUGACAUUGACAGUCCUAGUGGAAAGAUCAAGGGACCAAAAUUCAAGAUGCCACAUAUCUCAGGACCGAAAAUCUCCAUGCCAGAUGUGGAUUUCAAUUUGAAAGGUCCCAAACUCAAAGGUGAUGUGGAUAUGUCAGUUCCAAAGGUUGAAGGAGAUCUAACAGUACCAGAAGUUGACAUCAAAGGUCCCCAAGUUGAUAUUGAAGGACCUAAGGGGGGAUUUGAGAUGCCUAAAAUGAAAAUGCCAUCCUUUAACUUCAAAGGUCCAAAAUUGGAGGGUCCAGAUGUUGAUAUUAACCUGCCAAAAGCUAACAUCGAUGUUAAGGCCCCAGAAUUUGAUGUUAAAGGGCCAAAGGUUGCUCUCGAAGGCCCUGAUGCAAAACUGAAAGGACCUAAAUUCAAACUGCCAUCAAUAUCAGGACCCACCAUGCCAGACUGGGAUAUUAAUCUGAAAGGGCCAAAGGUCAAGGGAGAUGUGGAUGUGUCAGUACCAAAGAUCGAGGGAGACAUAGAGGCUCCUAAAGUGGAUAUUGAGGGGCCAGAUAUUAACAUCGAAGGUCACAAAGGAGGAUUUAAAAUGCCUAAAUUUAAGAUGCCAUCCUUUGGCUUGAAAGGUCCAAAUGUUGAAGGCCCAGAAGUUGAUGUCAACCUUCCAAAAGGUGACAUUGAUAUUGAAGGCCCUGAAUUGGACAUCAAAGGACCAGACUUUGACAUUGACAGUCCCAGUGGAAAGAUUAAGGGACCAAAAUUCAAGAUGCCACAUAUCUCAGGACCGAAAAUCUCCAUGCCAGAUGUGGAUUUCAAUCUGAAAGGUCCCAAACUCAAAGGUGAUGUGGAUGUGUCAGUUCCAAAGGUUGAAGGAGACCUAACAUUGCCAGAAUUUGACAUCAAGGGUUCCAAGGUUGACAUUGAAGGACCUAAAGGGGGACUUGAGAUGCCUAAAAUAAAAAUGCCAUCUUUUGGCAUCAAGGGUCCAAAAUUGGAGGGUCCAGAUGUUGAUAUUAACCUGCCAAAAGCUAACAUCGAUGUUAAGGCCCCAGAAUUUGAUGUUAAAGGGCCAAAGGUUGCUCUCGAAGGCCCUGAUGCAAAACUGAAAGGACCUAAAUUCAAACUGCCAUCAAUAUCAGGACCCACCAUGCCAGACUGGGAUAUUAAUCUGAAAGGGCCAAAGGUCAAGGGAGAUGUGGAUGUGUCAGUACCAAAGAUCGAGGGAGACAAAGAGGCUCCUAAAGUGGAUAUUGAGGGGCCAGAUAUUAACAUCGAAGGUCACAAAGGAGGAUUUAAAAUGCCUAAAUUUAAGAUGCCAUCCUUUGGCUUGAAAGGUCCAAAUGUUGAAGGCCCAGAAGUUGAUGUCAAUCUUCCAAAAGGUGACAUUGAUAUUGAAGGCCCUGAAUUUGACAUCAAAGGACCAGACUUUGACAUUGACAGUCCCAGUGGAAAGAUCAAGGGACCAAAAUUCAAGAUGCCGCAUAUCUCAGGACCAAAACUCUCCAUGCCAGAUGUGGAUUUCAAUCUGAAAGGUCCCAAACUCAAAGGUGAUGUGGAUGUGUCAAUUCCAAAGGUUGAAGGAGACCUAACAUUGCCAGAAUUUGACAUCAAGGGUUCCAAGGUUGACAUUGAAGGACCUAAAGGGGGACUUGAGAUGCCUAAAAUAAAAAUGCCAUCUUUUGGCAUCAAGGGUCCAAAAUUGGAGGGUCCAGAUGUUGAUAUUAACCUGCCAAAAGCUAAUAUCGAUGUUAAUGCCCCAGACUUUGAUGUUAAAGGGCCAAAGGUUGAUCUUGAAGGCCCUGAUGCAAAACUGAAAGUACCCAAGUUCAAACUGCCAUCAAUAUCAGGACCCACCAUGCCAGAUUGGGAUAUUAAUCUGAAAGGGCCAAAGGUCAAGGGAGAUAUGGAUGUGUCAGUGCCAAAAAUUGAAGGAAACUUAGAGGCUCCUAAAAUGGAUAUGGAGGGGCCAGAUGUUAACAUUGAGGGCCACAAAGGAGGAUUUAAAAUGCCUAAAUUCAAGAUGCCAUCCUUUGGCUUGAAAGGCCCAAAUGUUGAAGGUCCAGAAGUUGAUGUCAAUCUUCCAAAAGGUGACAUUGAUAUUAAAGGCCCUGAAUUGGAUAUCAAAGGACCAGAAGUUGACAUUGACGGUCCUGAUGGAAAACACAAGGGACCAAAGUUCAAGAUGCCACAUAUCUCAGGACCAAAACUCUCCAUGCCAGAUGUGGAUUUCAAUCUGAAAGGUCCCAAACUCAAAGGGGAUGUGGAUGUGUCAGUUCCAAAGAUUGAAGGAGACUUAAUAGUACCAGACGUUGACAUCAAGGGUCCCAAGGUUGACAUUGAAGGUCCAAAGGGAGGACUUGAGAUGCCCAAAAUAAAAAUGCCAUCAUUUAACAUCAAAGGUCCAAAAUUGGAGGGUCCAGGUGUUGAUAUUAACCUGCCAAAAGCUAACAUCGAUGUUAAGAGCCCAGAAUUUGAUGUUAAAGGGCCAAAGGUUGAUCUUGAAGGCCCUGAUGCAAAACUGAAAGGACCUAAAUUCAAACUGCCAUCGAUAUCAGGACCCACCAUGCCAGAUUGGGAUAUUAAUUUGAAAGGGCCAAAGGUCAAGGGAGAUGUGGAUGUUUCGAUGCCAAAGAUCAAAGGAGACAUAGAGGCUCCUGAAGUGGAUAUUGAGGGACCAGAUGUUAACAUUGAGGGCCACAAAGGAGGAUUUAAAAUGCCUAAAUUUAAGAUGCCAUCCUUUGGCUUGAAAGGUCCAAAUGUUGAAGGUCCAGACGUUGAUGUCAAUCUUCCAAAAGGUGAAAUUGAUAUUAAAGGCCCUGAAUUUGACAUCAAAGGACCAGACGUUGACAUUGACAGUCCUAGUGGAAAGAUCAAGGGACCAAAAUUCAAGAUGCCACAUAUCUCAGGACCAAAACUCUCCAUGCCAGAUAUGGAUUUCAAUCUGAAAGGUCCCAAACUCAAAGGUGAUGUGGAUGUGUCAGUUCCAAAGGUUGAAGGAGACCUAACAUUGCCAGAAUUUGACAUAAAGGGUCCAAAAUUGGAGGGUCCAGAUGUUGAUAUCAACCUGCCAAAAGCUAAUAUUGAUGUUAAGGCCCCAGAAUUUGACAUUAAAGGGCCAAAGGUUGAUCUCGAAGGCCCUGAUGCAAAAGUGAAAGGACCUAAAGUCAAACUGCCAUCAAUAUCAGGACCCACCAUGCCAGACUGGGAUAUUAAUCUGAAAGGACCAAAGGUCAAGGGCAAUGUGGAUGUUUCAAUGCCAAAGAUCGCGGGAGACAUAGAGGCUCCUAAAGUGGAUAUUGGGGGACCAGAUGUUAACAUAGAGGGCCACAAAGGAGGAUUUAAAAUGCCUAAAUUCAAGAUGCCAUCUUUUGGGUUCAAAGGUCCAAAUGUUGAAAUUCCAGACGUUGAUGUAAAUCUUCCAAAAAGUGAGAUUGAUAUUGAAGGCCCUGAAUUGAACAUCAAAGGACCAGAUGUUGACAUUGACAGUCCUAGUGGAAAGAUCAAGGGACCAAAAUUCAAGAUGCCACAUAUCUCAGGACCGAAAAUCUCCAUGCCAGAUGUGGAUUUCAAUCUGAAAGGUCCCAAACUCAAAGGUGUUGAUGUGUCAGUUCCAAAGGUUGAAGGAGACCUAACAUUGCCAGAAUUUGACAUCAAGGGUCCAAAAUUGGAGGGUCCAGAUGUUGAUAUCAACCUGCCAAAAGCUAAUAUUGAUGUUAAGGCCCCAGAAUUUGAUGUUAGAGGGCCAAAGGUUGACCUCGAAGGCCCUGAUGCAAAACUGAAAGGACCUAAAUUUAAACUGCCAACAAUAUCAGGACCCACCAUGCCAGACUGGGAUAUUAAUCUUAAAGGGCCAAAGGUAAAGGGCGAUGUGGAUGUUUCAAUGCCAAAGAUCGCGGGAGACAUAGAGGCUCCUAAAGUGGAUAUUUGGGGACCAGACGUUAACAUUGAGGGCCACAAAGGAGGAUUUAAAAUGCCUAAAUUCAAGAUGCCAUCUUUUGGGUUGAAAGGUCCAAAUGUUGAAGUUCCAGACGUUGAUGUCAAUCUUCCAAAAGGUGACAUUGAUAUUGAAGGUCCUGAAUUGAACAUCAAAGGACCAGAUGUUGACAUUGACAGUCCUAGUGGUAAGAUCAAGGGACCAAAAUUCAAAAUGCCACAUAUCUCAGGACCAAAAAUCUCCAUGCCAGAUGUGGAUUUCAAUCUGAGAGGACCCAAACUCAAAGGUGAUGUGGAUGUGUCAGUUCCAAAGGUUGAAGGAGAACUAACAGUACCAGAAGUUGACAUCAAAGGACCUCAAGUUGAUAUUGAAGGACCCAAGGGGGGACUUGAGAUGCCUAAAAUGAAAAUGCCAUCUUUUGGCAUCAAAGGUCCAAAACUGGAGGGUCCAGAUGUUGAUAUUAACCUGCCAAAAGCUAAUAUCAAUGUUAAGGCCCCAGAAUUUGACGUUAAAGGGCCAAAGGUUGAUCUUGAAGGCCCUGAUGCAAAACUGAAAGGACCUAAAUUCAAACUGCCAUCAAUAUCAGGACCCACCAUGCCAGACUGGGAUAUUAAUCUUAAAGGGCCAAAGGUGAAGGGCGAUGUGAAUGUUUCAAUGCCAAAGAUCGAGGGAGACAUAGAGGCUCCUAAAGUGGAUAUUGAGGGACCAGAUGUUAACAUCGAGGGCCACAAAGGAGGAUUUAAAAUGCCUAAAUUUAAGAUGCCAUCUUUUGGCUUGAAAGGUCCAAAUGUUGAUGGCCCAGACAAUGAUGUCAACCUUCCAAAAGGUGACAUUGAUAUUAAAGGCCCUGAAUUUGACAUCAAAGGACCAGAUGUUGACAUAGACAGUCCUAGUGGAAAGAUCAAGGGACCAAAAUUCAAGAUGCCACAUAUCUCAGGACCAAAACUCUCCAUGCCAGAUGUGGAUUUCAAUCUGAAAGGUCCCAAACUCAAAGGUGAUGUGGAUGUGUCAGUUCCAAGGGUUGAAGGAGACCUUACAUUGCCAGAAUUUGACAUCAAAGGUCCAAAAUUUGAGGGUCCAGAUGUUGAUUUCAACUUGCCAAAAGGCAAUAUCAAUGUUAAGGCCCCCGAAUUUGAUGUUAGAGGGCCAAAGGUUGAUCUCGAAGGGCCUGAUGCAAAACUGAAAAGACCUAAAUUCAAACUGCCAUCGAUAUCAGGACCCAACAUGCCAGACUGGGAUAUUAAUCUGAAAGGGCCAAAGGUGAAGGGCGAUGUGGAUGUGUCAGUACCAAAGAUCGAGGGAGACAUAGAGGCUCCUAAAGUGGAUAUUGAGGGACCAGAUGUUAACAUUGAGGGUCACAAAGGAGGAUUCAAAAUGCCUAAAUUUAAGAUGCCAUCCUUUGGCUUGAAAGGUCCAAAUGUUGAAGGUCCAGAUGUUGAUGUCAAUCUUCCAAAAGGUGACAUUGAUAUUAAAGGCCCUGAAUUUGACAUCAAAGGACCAGACGUUGACAUUGACAGUCCUAGUGGAAAGAUCAAGGGACCAAAAUUCAAGAUGCCACAUAUGUCAGGACCAAAACUCUCCAUGCCAGAUGUGGAUUUCAAUCUGAAAGGUCCCAAAGUCAAAGGUGAUGUGGAUUUGUCAACUCCAAAGAUUGAAGGAGACCUAACAGUACCAGAAGUUGACAUCAAGGGUCCCCAAGUUGAUAUUGAAGGACCUAAGGGGGGACUUGAGAUGCCUAAAAUAAAAAUGCCAUCUUUUGGAAUCAAAGGUCCAAAACUAGAGGGUCCAGAUGUUGAUAUUAACCUGCCAAAAGCUAACAUUGAUGUAAAGGCCCCAGAAUUUGAUGUUAAAGGGCCAAAGGUUGAUCUCGAAGGCCCUGAUGCAAAACUGAAAGGACCUAAAUUUAAACUGCCAUCAAUAUCAGGACCCACCAUGCCAGAUUGGGAUAUUAAUCUGAAAGGGCCAAAGGUCAAAGGAGAUGUGGAUGUGUCAGUACCAAAGAUUGAGGGAGACAUAGAGGCUCCUAAAGUGGAUAUUGAGGGUCCAGAUGUUAACAUAGAGGGCCACAAAGGAGGAUUUAAAAUGCCUAAAUUUAAGAUGCCAUCCUUUGGCUUGAAAGGUCCAAAUGUUGAAGGCCCAGAAGUUGAUGUCAACCUUCCAAAAGGUGAUAUUGAUAUUGAAGGUCCUGAAUUGAACAUCAAAGGACCAGAUGUUGACAUUGACAGUCCUAGUGGAAAGAUCAAGGGACCAAAAUUCAAGAUGCCACAUAUCUCAGGACCAAAACUCUCCAUGCCAGAUGUGGAUUUCAAUUUGAAAGGUCCCAAACUCAAAGGUGAUGUGAAUGUUUCAGCUCCAAAGGUUGAAGGAGAUCUAACGGUACCUGAAGUUGAUAUCAAAGGUCCCCAGGUUGAUAUUGAAGGACCCAAGGGUGGUAUUGAGAUGCCUAAAAUAAAAAUGCCAUCCUUUAACAUCAAAGGUCCAAAAUUGGAGGGUCCAGAUGUUGACAUUAACCUGCCAAAAGCUAAUAUUGAUGUUAAGGCCCCAGAAUUUAACGUUAAAGGGCCAAAGUUUGAUGUUGAAGGCCUGGAUGGAAAACUGAAAGGACCUAAAUUCAAACUGCCAUCAAUAUCAGGACCCACCAUGCCAGACUGGGACAUUAAUCUGAAAGGGCCAAAGGUCAAGGGAGAUGUGGAUGUGUCAGUACCAAAGAUCGAGGGAGACAUAGAGGCUCCUAAAGUGAAUAUUGAGGGGCCAGAUGUUAACAUUGAGGGCCACAAAGGAGGAUUUAAAAUGCCUAAAUUUAAGAUGCCAUCCUUUGGCUUGAAAGGUCCAAAUGUUGAAGGUCCAGACGUUGAUGUCAACCUUCCAAAAGGUGACAUUGAUAUUGAAGGCCCUGAAUUUGACAUCAGAGGACAAGAAGUUGACAUUGAUGGUCCUGAUGGAAAGAUCAGGGGACCAAAAUUCAAGAUGCCACAUAUCUCAGGACCAAAACUCUCCAUGCCAGAUGUGGAUUUCAAUCUGAAAGGACCCAAACUCAAAGGUGAUGUGGAUGUGUCAGUUCCAAAGGUUGAAGGAGACCUAACAUUACCAGAACUUGACAUCAAGGGUCCCAAGGUUGACAGUGAAGGACCUAAGGGGGGACUUGAGAUGCCCAAAAUAAAAAUGCCAUCUUUUGGCAUCAAGGGUCCAAAAUUGGAGGGUCCAGAUGUUGAUAUUAACCUGCCAAACGCUAAUAUCAAUGUUAAGGCCCCAGAAUUUGAUGUUAAAGGGCCAAAGGUUGAUCUCGAAGGCCCUGAUGCAAAACUGAAAGGACCUAAAUUCAAACUGCCAUCGAUAUCAGGACCCACCAUGCCAGAUUGGGAUAUUAAUUUGAAAGGCCCCAAGGUCAAGGGAGAUGUGGAUGUUUCAAUGCCAAAGAUCAAAGGAGACAUAGAGGCUCCUAAAGUGGAUAUUGAGGGACCAGAUGUUAACAUUGAGGGCCACAAAGGAGGAUUCAAAAUGCCUAAAUUUAAGAUGCCAUCUUUUGGCUUGAAAGGUCCAAAUGUUGAAGGUCCAGAUGUUGAUGUCAAUCUUCCAAAAGGUGACAUUGAUAUUAAAGGCCCUGAGUUUGACAUCAGAGGACCAGACGUUGACAUUGACAGUCCUAGUGGAAAGAUCAAGGGACCAAAAUUCAAGAUGCCACAUAUGUCAGGACCAAAACUCUCCAUGCCAGAUGUGGAUUUCAAUCUGAAAGGUCCCAAACUCAAAGGUGAUGUGGAUGUGUCAGUUCCAAAGGUUGAAGGAGACCUAACAGUACCAGAAUUUGACAUCAGAGGACCCCAAGUUGAUAUUGAAGGACCCAAGGGGGGACUUGAGAUGCCUAAAAUAAAAAUGCCAUCUUUUGGCAUCAAAAGUCCUAAAUUGGAGGGUCCAGAUGUUGAUAUUAACCUGCCAAAAGCUAACAUCAAUGUUAAGGCCCCAGAAUUUGACAUUAAAGGGCCAAAGGUUGAUCUCGAAGGCCCUGAUGCAAAACUGAGAGGACCUAAAUUCAAACUGCCAUCAGUAUCAGGACCCACAAUGCCAGACUGGGACAUUAAUCUGAAAGCGCCCAAGGUCAAGGGAGAUGUGGAUGUGUCAGUACCAAAGAUUGAAGGAGACAUAGAGGUUCCUGAAUUGGAUAUUGAGGGACCAGACCUCAAUAUUGAGGGCCACAAAGGAGGACUGAAAAUGCCUAAAUUUAAGAUGCCAUCUUUUGGCUUGAAAGGUCCAAAUGUUGAAGGCCCAGAAGUUGAUGUCAACCUUCCAAAAGGUGACAUUGAUAUUGAAGUCCCCGAAUUUGACAUCAAAGGACCAGACGUUGACAUUGACAGUCCUAGUGGAAAGAUCAAGGGACCAAAAUUCAAGAUGCCACAUAUCUCAGGACCAAAACUCUCCAUGCCAGAUGUGGAUUUCAACCUGAAAGGUCCCAAACUCAAAGGAGAUGUGGAAACAUCAGUCCCAAAGAUUGAAGGGGGCCUAACAGCACCAGAAGUUGAGAUUAAAGGGCCUAAGAUAAAGGGAGAUGUAGAUGUACCUGAUGUCCACUUCAAGAGGGCAGACAUUGACAUUCAUGGGCCUGAUGCAAAAAUCACAGGGACCAAAUUCAAGAUGCCAUCAAUUUCAGGACCCCACAUUUCUAUGCCAGAUGUAGAUUUCAAUCUUAAAGGUCCUCAUAUCAAAUCUGAUGUGGAUGUUUCUGCUCCAAAGUUUGAAGGAGACAUAACAACACCUGAUGUUGACAUCAAAGGUCGAGCUGUUGACAUUAAAGGGUCCAAAGGUGGAUUUGACAUACCUAAAAUCAAAAUGCCAUCAUUUGGUAUUAAAGGUCCAAAGAUAGAGGGUCCAGAUAUAGACAUAAACCUUCCAAAAUCCAACAUUGAGUUGGAAGCACCUGAUAUCAACCUGAAAGGUCCCAAAGUGAAAGGAGAGUUUGAUGCAUCAAUGCCCAAAUUAGAAGGAAAUGCUAACAUUACAGUACCCACCAUUAGUAUGGAAGGUGAUUUUGAAAAAACAGGUGUUACAUUUCCCAAAUUCAAAGGUCCUAAGUUUGGGAGGAAAUCACCAGAAAUGGAGGGGCCUGAAUCCAUGGUUAAGACACCCAUGUUCAGUGUGGGAACAAAAGGCUCCAAAACACAAGUUAGUCUUCCCAGUUCUGAGGCAAGUCUUGAUGCCCCUGAUAUCGAUAUCAAUGUCAAGGGGAAAAAGGGGAAAUUUAAACUUCCCAAAGUCAAAGGAAAGGUCAAGAAACCUGAUGUUGACAUAGAAACUUCAGCAGUAGAACUGGAUGUAGACACACCCAAUAUCCAUGUCAAAGAAACAAAGAUAAAGAAGCCUCUUUUUGGUAAGCUUCAUUUUCCUGAUGUGGGAUUUGAUAUCAAGUCACCAAAAUUGAAAGGAGAUGGAUCUUUAUCAUCAUCUGCUAGUUUGAACACCACGAUUGAGGGUUCUGGUAUUGAGAGUCCCAAUGUUAGUUUGGAAGGGCCAGAUGUGAAAUUAAAAACACCUAAUAUAAAAAUGUCAAAUGUGAAUGUGUCUACUCCUGAUGUUGAUGCAAAUCUAAACAGACAAGGGGGGGCAACCAUGUCUGCAGGUUUUAAAGGCCACCAAAUGAAUGUGAAAGGUAGUGCUGAUAUUGAUACAGGUGUUUCAGAGGGUGGUGCAAUUACUGGCCUUCAAUACCCAGAGGGCACCGUAACAUUUCCCAAAAUCAAGGUGCCAAAGUUUGGUAUUGCUCUGCCCAAGGUGGAGCGCCAGAAGGGUGAAGGAAAUGAUGAAUCAGAACUUGUGGCUAGUGGCGGCAUAAACAUACAGUCUCCACAUGUUCGUGGCCAAGUCAGUUCACCAAAUGUUGAGGUUCCCAGUCCAGAAUUGAGGCAAAGGGAAGGCAAGGUAAAGGUCAAGAUGCCAAAAUUGUUUGGCAAAUCAAAAGCAAAGGGCAGUGCAGGUGAUCUUCGGGGAUCAGAGGUUGAAUUGGGUACUAGUGGAAAAGGCAGCAAGGUCUCUAAAGACUUAAGUGUACAUACUGGAGAACUGACAGGUGGAAAAUUUGAAUUAGAAGGUGAUUCUGGACUAAAUGUUUCAACCAAAGGCAAGUCAGCUUCACUGGACCUUUUUAAGAAAUCAAGACAUCGGUCUUCUUCUCUGAGUGAUGAGGGGGGGCUUGCAGUUAGUUCCCCUUCAGCUCACUUAGAAGCAGAGGGUGGUGACAUUUCAUUAGACCUAGGAGGAGCCAAGGUGAAGGGAAAGAAAGGCAAGUUGAAGUUUGGGACCUUUGGAGGUUUUGGUUCAAAGUCAAAAGGCUCAUAUGAAGUGACACUUGGUGAGGACAGUGAAGCAGGAGUCGAGGGUAAUGCAGGUGUUUCUCUACCCUCUAAAAAAUCAAGAUUGUCUUCAUCUUCCAGCAGUGACAGUGGUUCAAGAGGUGGUUUCAGGUUCCCAAAAGUUGAACUAACUGUUUCACCAAAAAAAUGAUUAAUUAUGAGGCAAAUUAAACUUUCUCAUGUACAUCCAAAUACCUUCUCUCAAUAGAGUAAAUUCUUCAAACCCGCUCUUAAAACCGGAGGGGAAGAUUUCAUCUCAUUGUUGUAAACUAAGAGUAUGUUUCAUUAAUUAGACAGGAGUGCAUGAGAUUGUUUAAAGUCCCUUCAAACUGUAAAUAAGAUUAAUUUGUAUUGUAAUAAAUAUUGUUUUUUUGUACAUAGUCAAGAUUUAUUAAACAUAUACCAUCUCACCAAAUUUUCACUAAUAGUUUAUUACAGGGUUUGUCAAUUUGGCAUAUUUCAUUCUAUUAAAUGAAAGUUAAUGAAUGGGUGUGGUAUAUUUGUAUCCAGGGGUCUAUUGCACAGAACAGACAGUUACAAUAGCUUUUCUGAAGGAAAAUGUUGUUUAUACAUUCAUAAACAAAUAUAAACAGUUAUCAUUUUUUAUGUAUGAAAUAAUUUUUAUUUUCAAGCUUUGAUAUUAUAUAAUCAGUGCAGAAGCAUUUACGCAACAUAGAGCUGGCCCUAUAUAACAUAUUGUAAAGAGUGAUGGUGUUGUAUAGACCAUAAUUGCAUGGACAAUCUGUUUGGAAACUAUCAACUCUCUAAAGUGCUGUCAGUGCCUUCCCAAUCUUUUUUGAAGUAAAUUUAUUCACCUUUAAAUUCUGUGCCAUUUACCAAAAGUAUGCAUUUGCUUCUUUUGUUUUUAAUUAUGUUUUGUUUCCUUAAACUGUGGCAUUUUCUGUCUUACCUGUUUUAUGAUUCUCAGUAUUUUUUUCUUUGUCACUCUUUUUGUACACACACUUCAUGAUUAUAUGAAAUGUCACAAAUAAAAAGUCACUUUUUGAUGUCAUUUGUUCGCUAAUAACAUCUGUGUUGCAUGAGAGUUGCAUAGUUCUGAUCAGGCAUGACAGAUUUAUAGAGAAUGAUUCUUUGGGUCUUUUCUUUUGUGUGCAUUCUGCCAAAUAAACUAAAUUA